AUGGCGACGCAAGGAGCGGAGGCGCCCCUCGCCGUCCAGCUCGCCACGCCGCUGCCCGGCCACAACCUCAUCAACGGCGGGCCCACGCCGCCUAACAACCGCGGUUUGGAGCGGGCGCUGGAGGAGGCGACCAUCAGCGGUUCGCUCAACCUCAGUGCAAGAAAACUCAAGGAGUUCCCGCGGACGGCCGCCGGACUCGACCUAAGCGACACGGUGGAGGCAGAUUUGUCCAAGAACCGUUUGUCGGAUGUCCCCUCUGAAGUGUGCCACUUAGUGGCUUUGGAGACCCUCAACCUGUACCACAACUGCAUCAGGAGCAUCCCGGAUACAGUAAUCAGCCUGCACUCACUCACCUCGCUCAACCUCAGUCGCAACCAGCUGAGCUCGCUUCCGGCCUGCCUGUGCACUCUACCGCUCAGAGUCCUCAACGCCAGCAAUAACAAAUUGGUCAGUCUACCCGAGAGUGUUGGACAACUGCACCGCCUCAUGGAGUUGGACAUCAGCUCUAAUGAACUGACGACUCUACCACGACACAUUGGACGACUGCGAGCACUACGGGAGCUCAACGUACGACGGAAUCUGCUUUGCGUCCUUCCAGAAGACCUGUCCGAUCUUCCACUGGUCAAGUUGGACUUCUCAUGCAACAAGGUGUCGACCAUUCCUUUAAGCUACCGGAAGAUGACACAGCUGCAGGUCUUGCGGCUAGAGAGCAACCCGUUGCAGAGCCCUCCAGCACAGAUCUGUCUCAAGGGCAAAAUUCACAUCUUCAAGUACCUCAGCAUGGAGGCAUGCCGCAGUGACAAGAUGGUCGAUGCACUCUAUCUGCCCGUUAUUGAGCGCCUCAGUCUAACACGUGAUGCUGUGGGGCUGGUGGAGGACAUUGAGCAGCAGAGGAAGCAAGACAGCGACUCAGGAGUCGGCAGCGACAUCGGAGACAAAAGGCUAUCGGCAACGGAGCCAUCGGACGAAGACAGUUUGAGUCUUAACGUGCCCAUGAGUCAUAUCACGGAGGAGGAUGGACUCAGUAAAGACGACUCCAGCGACCACAUCAGCUCUCUGACGGACCCCAGCUCGGAGCCGGUGCGACUUAUCGAGGAGAGCCCCACGGAGGCAUUGAGGGAGCAGCUAGCCUACCGAGAAACCGCCACCCCCCUCGCGAGCUACAUCAAGGCAAGACAACUGACAUCUGAUUUAGACGAGCCGCUGAGAAUCGACGAAGACACACACUGGAACACAGAGCGGCAGCCAGAGGUAUCAGAGGACAGUGAGGUGGACAUGAUCAGCCAACUUAAAGAGGCUGUGGAGCUACUUCAGGAUCCCUGCAGAAUUAACUUGGAGCAAGAAGAUCUGUGUGGGGUCCGACUGUACCCUGUGGAGAUGGUCAACGUGGAAGAGUCUGUCAACGGGCAGGACAGCGACGACGAAGUCACGUCACAAAAGCAGGAGGAAGAGUUGGGAGGUGGCUAUGAGUUCCAGAAGAAGCGACAGAUGAUUCUAAAGAAGGCCCGCUUUGAGGCCCAACUUGCGUUCCGCCAGUAUGAAUGGCACAUGUCCAUCAAGCGACUGGAUCAGUCUCCAGGCAUUCCUCCCUCUCCCUCCUCCAGCGCGCCAUUUGGACUGAAACCUCGUUCAGCCCCGUCUUCGCUGCCCUGCUCGCCUCCUCCCUCCCCCUCCCGUCUUUCACAGGCCUCUCCCCUCCUCGGAGGUUUUCGUCGUAGCCGUGGCAAUGGAGGUGUACCGGACCGUGUUUUCCUAAGAAGCCACAAGAGUGUGGAGAGUGUGGACCCUCAGUUCACGAUGAGGAGGAAGAUGGAGCAGCUUAGAGAAGAAUUGGAGCUGACGGAGCAACUCCGAGACAGCAUCGAGAGCCGCCUGAAGGUGGUUCUUCCAGACGACUUGGGCACCUCGCUGAUGGAUGGUGUUGUGCUUUGCCACCUGGCCAAUCACAUUCGCCCUCGUUCCGUCGCCAGCAUACACGUGCCCUCGCCCGCUGUGCCCAAACUCAGCAUGGCCAAGUGCCGACGGAACGUGGAGAACUUCCUGGAUGCCUGUAGGAAGAUCGGCGUGCCCGAGUGUUCUCUAUGCUCCCCGUAUGACAUCAUCCAGCGCCGCCUGCCACCGCUUUGCGUAACGGUCGGAACGCUGGUGGGCGGGAAGCGGACGGAGGGGAUGCCGCCUCGGAUAAAAAGCCCCCCCGUCGCCGCCCUCCGGCCGCCGAACUCUGUCUCGGCGACCACUCAGACGCCGCCUCCGACCUGGCGGUGGUGGGACCUGAUUGGCUGCAGCCUGGUUCAUAUCCUCUGCCUGCUCCUCUUGUUUGCCUUCUACAUGUGGAGCGAACUGACGUAA